UUCCCUGGCUGACAGAAGUGUUUUGAGAUUUUUUCACCCCAAAGUUUCUUCAAAUAGCCACAUUCACAUCUGCACACAUACACAACUUCCCCUUUGUUUUGCACUUCGCUCAAAAUGAGUUAUCCAUUGGUGAUUCUGCUCUGCAUGGGACUAUUUCACCCGACCUCGAAGGCCGUCCUCAUGGAUAAACUGGCGGACAACAAGAAUUGUGGAGAUGCAGAAUGCUCGUAUGCUCUGUCCAUGGCCACAGCAUUGGAUGACUUCUUGGCUCCUGACUGCAGAUUUAUCAACAUCAGGAGGGGUCAGACAGUCUAUGUGUAUUCUAAACUCGUACCAGAGGAGGGUGCUGGAGUAUUCUGGUCUGGAAGUGUUUACAGCGACCGAUAUGUGGACCAGAUGGGCGUCAUUGGAUACUUCCCUGCAACUAUGGUGAAGGAGACACACAAGUUUCAGGAUGCCACCGUUAAGAUCCCCACAACUGCCAUGGACUUCUACUGUAAUUAAGGCAAUGCAGACUAAAAUCUCGUCUUGUGAAUUCAUGUGGAUAUUAUAGUUAUUUAGACUACAAUAAACCAGAGUUCAGGGUUUGUUUGACAGAAUAUGUAACAUUACAUCAAGCGCUUUGGUUGAAAUGAAACUGUGGACUCUAUGAACCUUUGAUAACUCCCCCACUGUUCAUAUCUCUUGUGCCUUUUUAUAUAACAUUCAUUUCAUUCAAUAAAGCCUUUUCAUAUCACUCCACAAUGUUGAUUAUUGAAAAUGAUAAAAAAUCAGUCUUCUGAGUCCCAGGUUAUUGCUUUUAGU